AUGCGAAAGAUUUACGCCGCUGCUCAUCGAAAAGACCAUAAGAAGACAGAAUUAGUGGUGAUGACAAAAGGAAAGAAAGGAAAGAUAUCGAGGCCGAAUGGGCGCUAUAAGCUCGUGGAUAGGUACGUAGAAUUAACUUCCGAAGAGAAAGAUCUUACCGUGUAUGAAGAAGCAAGACAAAGACGAAAAGCCGAGGAAGGAAGUUCACGACCGGAAGAGGAAAGGGCACUGUCAUCUUAG